CAAGCGUAGUGCUGCCUCGGUAACUCCCGUCUGAACAGUGGAGUGGAUCCUGCAUUCUCUCCUUUCUCCCGGCGUCUCUCUGCUAGGCGUUGGUCCACCCGGAUAGCCAUGGCGAUGAGAGAGUCCAAAUCUUCAGGCAGCUCUAAUGGAGCUAACUGAUCCUUUAUGGGAUCCGCUAACCCAUGCAGAAACGCAUCAAAAAGAGCCGCUGAGUUCCAACCACUCUCCGCUGCCAGGGUCCGGAAUUCGAUAGCGUAAUCCGCCACUCUCCUCUGCCGUUGUUUGAUGUUCACCAGGGCUCUCGCUGACUCUCUUCCGGGUGAUGUCUGGUCAAAAAUCUUGUUCAUAGUAUCCAUGAAUAGCCUUAAAGACUGGCAAACAGGCGAGUCUCGGGGCCAUUCUGCUGUUGCCCAGGCUCCCGCUCUACCCGUCAAGUGAGACACUAUGAAAGCAACCUUAGCUUGAUCUGUGGGAAAUGCUGCGGGCUGGUGUUUGAAAUGGAGAUCGCACUGUACCAGGAAUGGACGACAGUUUCCAGAAUCCCCGGAGAACUUCUCUGGCGAAGCGAGGCGGAGUGUAGACGAUGGCAUGGGUACUUGAACUGGGAUAUCAGCAAACCCGACCUCCGCUGGACCGGAAAACUCUGCCGCAGGAACGGCAGGGUAAGCCUCGAGGAAACGGAAACGGACGUCAUGGUGUCCAACCCACAUCUGUCGGCUGCAUUGACCUGCGUUGCUAUCCGUCGCCUGUUAGCGGGUGCAAUGGCAAGAUCCAACAGAAGGCGCAGAAGGUUGAGGCGCAUUUUAGCGAUGUGCCAGUGGCAGACAUCGAGGUGCUUGUUCUCCUCUACAGCUUGGCCCAUGGACUAUCGCUCUCUGUGGUGGGUUCAGCAUUCGGGAUUCCCAAAUCGACGGUCCACAGGAUCAUCAAACACGUCACCGAGAAGAUAAAGGCCAACCUGAAGACCCUCAUUUCCCUGCCAACCGCAGAUGAGCUGCCAGAGAUUGCAGAUGGCUUCUGUCAGCUUGCAAAGAGUCCUGCAUUUCACCGUGCUGCUGGUGCGAUUGAUGGAUGCCAUAUUCGCAUCAAACCUCCAGGAAACGAGUACCACAAGGAGUACAUCAAUUACAAGCUGUUUCCUUCCAUCCAGAUGCAGGCCAUCUGUGACUCAACUGGGAGAUUCCUGGAUGUCUUCAUCGGCUAUCCAGGCUCCGUUCAUGAUGCCAGAGUACUGCGAAACAGCCCCAUCUUCUGCCAGGCACUGUUUCCCCCAGCUGGUUGGUUCCUCCUUGGGGACGGUGGUUAUCCCUGCCUGGAAAAACCAGUGGGAUUACUCACACCCUACAAGGUCCCUCGCGGCCAGGUGCAGGCCAGAUUCAACAGGCAUCAUGCCAGGGCUCGGUCUGUGGUGGAAAGAGCAUUUGGAAGGAUGAAGGCUCGCUGGAGGGACACCCUUUUCAAAGCGCUGGAGGUCAGUCCAAGCUUUGCCCCUGACAUCAUUGCAUGUUGUGCAUUUCUGCACAAUCUGUGCAUAGACAUGAACGAUGUCCUUGACGAUGCUGAAGCCUUCCCCCCUGAAGAUGGGGACCAGAGUCCUCCCCCUGCCGCAGCAUGUGGACAGGAAAGUCCUGGACACCACCUAAGGAACAGGAUUGCUGCACAACUCUCUGCUCCUGUCCAAAUGGCACCACACCUGAGAGGUUAG